AUGGCGCCACAAAAGCUCCUCCCUUUCUCCCUCCUCCUCGUCUCACUCCUUCUCCACACCACCUCCGCCCAAUCCCCGGCCGCCGCGCCUGCCCCUGCCGGCCCAGUCAACAUAACCAAGAUUCUGGAAAAGGCAGGGCAGUUCAGCGUCUUCAUCAGGCUUAUCAAGGCAACCCGAGAAGACCUGACGCUGAACGGCCAGCUCAACAACUCCAACAACGCCAUCACCAUCUUCGCCCCGAGCGACAGCGCGUUCACCACCCUGAAAUCGGGGACCCUCAACGCCCUGAACGAUCAGGAGAAAUCGGAGCUCGUUCAAUUCCACAUCGUCCCAACGUACCUUUCUUCCUCCACUUUCCAGACCGUCAGCAACCCGGUCACCACCCAGGCCGGGACCGGCAACCGGCUGGCACUCAACGUGACCACGUCGGGGAAUUCGGUCAACAUAACGACCGGACUGACCAAUACGAGUGUUUCGGGGACGGUUUACACGGACGGGCAGCUGGCGGUUUACCAGGUCGACAAGGUGCUGCAGCCUCUGGAUCUGUUCACGCCGAAGCCGCCGGCACCGGCGCCGGCGCCGGAGAAGGCGAAGAAGAAGAAGGGGGGAGAGGGUGAUGCGGAUAGCCCGGCCGGAGUGGCGAAGGAUGCGUCGGACGGCGGGGAGAGGGAGAGGUUUAUGGCGGGGAACAGGGUGGUGGUGUUUGUGGUUGGGCUGGCGGCGGCGGCGGUGGCGUUGUGA